GUUCUCACUGGUUUAAAGGUAAGAUAGAGUCCCUAUAAAAGGGAUAACAUUGCUUCUCUCAACAUUCCUUCUGAUUUACUUAUUGAACCACUUAAUCAAAUCAGAGGCCCCGUUCCCAAGAUGUCAGAGCUAGAGACCGCGAUGGUCAUGAUCAUGGAUGUCUUUGACAGAUAUGCAUGCACUGAAGGCAACAAAACGACCCUUACCAAAGGUGAAAUGAAAACCCUUGUAGAGAAAGAACUGCCUGGAAUAUUUUCGGUAAGAUGUUCGUUUAUUCACAGAACUUGGAGCUCAUUUUUGGAAUAUUUAUUAUAUAUCUGACAUAAAACAGGUUUAAUAAACAGAACCCAUUACCAAAAUCCAUAAUUAAAUUAAUUUCCAUAAUAUGCAGAUAGGGUUAUUCACUACAGAGCUAUUUUUGAAAACAAAUAUUAGCAUAACGUUUAUUUGAAGCGAGGUGCAUAGCUAGCAUAUAAACAAAUCACAACACAGCAAUUUUGCCUAUGGAGUGUUUUGCAGAAAAAAGAAAAAAGAAAAAUUAUAAUUAUAUCAUUUACACAAGUUUUACUUUUACAUUAAUUCAGACUUCAUUAAAAAUAUUUGGGAAAUGAAAAGUUUUAAGAUGUGUACUGUGUCCUAUAUAUAGCAAUAUUUCACACAGGGUCUGAAAUGUUAGUAUAAAGCAAAAAUGCAAUAUUUAGGUGUGACAAAAAUAGAUAAAUAAAAAUGGUUAAAAAUCUUCUUUAUAUGUAUUUGUCAGGUCCAUGUAGACAAAAGAGAAACAGAACAGCUUACUUGAAAUGCAAACAGAAUGUAAAAAGAAAGCCUGAAUCUGAGCACAAAACCUACAUACAGUAAAUAAGUUAAAUCAUGUUUCUUUCUAAAAUAAAGUGCUACAGCAACCAUUAUUAAUCUCUUGAAUGCUGAUGUAAUGCUAACAGUAAAAUGGUAGUGUCCACUCACUCACCCCUUGACUGAAGAUAUGAUAGGACUCAUUGAAACCUCCGGAGCUGAAAUAUGGGUGCGAUAAUUUAUCACUCUGCUGAGUGUAACUAUAUUAUUUGUGUUUUGACCCCUAACCAUAACUCUGCCACACUUAAUUCAUUGGGUGUUUUUUUAUGGGGGGUUAGGGGAGGUUUGGGGUGGGAUAUGUUUUAUUUAUUUUUUACUUUUAUGACUGAAAUGAUGAAACCUAAAUAGAAUGUCUGUGAUUUUCAUCAUUAGAUUUUGUGACAAAGUUACUAACACCUACAUUGAAGUAAGCAAAAUACUUGUCAAAAAGCUGGGAGGGUAUCUAUUUGUAAAAUUUUAAUAUAUAUAUAUGGAGCAGGGUAGAUGCACAAGGUUUAAGGGUAGCUAGUCUGUAAAGUGAGCACCAUAGAUAAUGAAAGGAGGACUUUGUCAACAUGACUCCAACGACACAUGUGGAAUAAUGGAGAAUUGGCGUUGUUCUAGAUAUAUUUGAAGUUUUUUUGAAGAUGCAAGUUUUAGAGAUGACUUGAAGACUGGACGAGGAGGUAAUUGCUAGAACAGGUAGAUAAUAGAUUCCUGAGACAUGAAGAGCUCAGACAGGGCCGCCAUCAGGGGGUGACAACCAUAACGGUUGUCACGGGCCCGACGGCCCUGGGGGGCCCGGCAGCCCGGGCCCUACAUGUGGGGCCCAUCGGGUGGCCCACACACUUAGGGCCACAGCGCUGACUGGGCCCCUUUAAAAAAAAAAAAAAAGCCGCAAGUGCUGCUGGGAGGAAGUGGUCACUUCCUCCCAGCCCACUCCACACGGGAGGAGCGCGCGCGCCAGUGAAGAGGGAGAGCCAGGCAGUGAAGAGGGAGCCGCGCCGUCUCCCAUCAUCCCCAGCCACCCUCCUGCAAAGAAAAGGUAAGAGACAGGAGGGUGGCUGGAAAAUGAGCUGUGUGUGUGUGUCUGUAUGCAUGUCUGUAUGUGUAUGUCUGUGUCUGCAUGCAUGUAUGUCUAUGUAUGUAUGUCUGUCUGUAUGCAUGUAUGUCUAUGUCUGUCUGUAUGCAUGUCUGUCUGUAUGCAUGUAUGUCUGUAUGUCUAUGUAUGUCUGUAUGUAUGUCUGCCUGUAUGUAUGUCUGUAUGUAUGUAUGUGUAUGUCUGUAUGUCUGUCUGUCGGCAUGCAUGUAUGUCUAUAUACGUAUGUAUGUCUGUCUGUGUAUGUAUGUCUGUCUCUGUAUGUAUAUCUGUCUGUAUGCAUGUAUGUCUAUGUAUGUAUGUCUGUCUGUAUGCAUGCAUGUCUGUGUGUGUCUGUAUGUAUGUCUGUGUGUAUGUCUAUGUUUGUCUGACUGUAUGCAUGCAUGAAUGUCUAUGUAUGUCUGUCUGUAUGUAUGUGUAUGUCUGUAUGUAUGUCUGUAUGCAUGCAUGUAUGUCUAUGGAUGUAUGUAUGUCUGUAUGCAUGUAUGUCUGUAUGUCUAUGCAUGUAUAUAUGUAUACCCUGAGCUGAAUUAGGGGCCCCAAAAUUUCUGGUGGCGGCCCUGAGCUCAGAAGACAAGAAAAAGAUAACGUGAUGCAGACAUGGGAAUAUGAAUACAACAAGAUCUGACAGAAGAGCUAUUUACUUAUUACUUUUCUCAGAAAAUCUGCUGCCUCUGAAAGAAUAUUAAACUAUAUCAUUUUGUACUGACUAUGUAGGUAACGUUCUCUCUAAGCCAAGUCAAGGUCACUAAACAAUAAGAAAUAUUAAACCACAGCCAUGGCCUGGAUAAAUAGUAGCUUUUCUAUUUUUAUAAAAAAAAAAAAAAUGUUAUUCAGUUCGAUUUGGACGUGAUAUGUCCUCAUUGAUAUGUCAACAUUUUAAAAACCAUCUGAAGAGAUUACUAACCCUUUUAAUUAGGGUAUAAAAACACUAUACUAUAUAGUUUUGACAGUGCAACAACAUUUAAUUUUCUCUGAGUCAUCCUGGAUCAGGGAUUGUUGGGAGGUAUGGUUAAAUAUUCACUUUUUUCCUCACAGGGGACAGACAAGCCAGGCUUUCUUUUCGUUAUGAAAGAUAGUUUCAUACUGUAGCUCUUCUGAAAUGCCUUUCAUCUCAGCUAAUUUUAUGGUCAUCUGAAUAUAUCAGGGGGGUAUAGACUCCAAGCAGUAAAAUAUGAUGAACGAAUCACUUUUUAACUGGUUAGCUUUGAUAACGGACAGGUUAAACACAGAAGCUAAAGCCACAAAAAUUCAACUUAAAGGACCACUCUAGGCACCCAGACCACUUCAGCUUAAUGAAGUGGUCUGGGUGCCAGGUCCAGCUAGGGUUAACCCAUUUUUUAAUAAACAUAGCAGUUUCAGAGAAACUGAUUUUCACAGUGAGAGCAUGCCAGCGUCCAUAGGAAAGCAUUGAUAAUGCUUUCCUAUGCGACUGGCUGAAUGCGCGCGCAGCUCUUGCCGCACGUGCGCAUUCAGCCGACAGGGAGGAGAGAAGGAGGAUCGGAGGAGGAGAGCUCCCCGCCCAGCGCUGAAAAAAGGUAAGUUUUUACCCCUUUCCUCUCCCCAGAGCCGGGCGGGAGGGGGACCCUGAGGGUGGGGGCACCCUCAGGGCACUAUAGUGCCAGGAAAACAAGUAUGUUUUCCUGGCACUAUAGUGGUCCUUUAACCAUAAGCCUACUGAGAGCAAAUAAUGAAGGAAGCUCAUUACUUCACUUUUCUAAAUAGAAAGUAAGUAAAAUACAAAAUAAAACAUUCCCUGCAGUAUCUGAAAUAAAAAACAACAGUUUCAAACCGUAUCAAAUUAGUGGAACACAUUGAAACAUUCCAUUAGUUCCUAAUGAGAUUCAUUUAAUUUUUCCUUUUUGCUCCAGAAUUGUUUAGCAUUAAUUAAUAUGUUCUAGUAAUAAAAAUAUGAUUAUUAAAUAACCAAUAAAUGUUCUUUGUGUAAUGCCAGACUGAGGAAUAUAAUGGAGCUUUUUAAAUAAAUGACAAAAGUGUGUUAUGCUAUAUUCAACCCUUCUCUAUCAAGGGAUUUACCUAAAAAGGCUACCAUUUCUAUUGUUACCUUGUUGUGGAAAGUAAUAAUUACUUUGUCAGUAUGUGUACAUAGUACAUGUUAUUGUAAUGAUAAUUGUAUUUUUCCUUCAUAUGAAAUGUACAAGAAUUAUUAAAGACUAGAAAAUAAUAUUUUGGAUACACAUAUAUUGAUAUGUAAACUGUUGUCAUUUUCCUGUGUUCCGAUGUAUGUUUCAGUCUUGUAUGUGUGCUAAAUCUCCUCCCCUACAUACCAUAAUGUUCUCAUAUAAUUCCUCCAUCACAUUAUUGGCUCAAAAUUGCAAUAUUUAUCCCAAAUAAAUUUCAAACCUCGACAAUUUCAAAUCCCAAAAAAGGGUAGAUGCAAAUUAUAAGGAAGCUAUAUUUUUACCACUGGCCACUCAAAUCUAAAUCUAUCACCUCUUUUUAGCUUAGGGCCUAGUGCAACAAUAAGCAGACAAUCCACUUUCACAAAAAAAAACUUUACUCUCCAGACUUCGUUGCAAAAAAUAACAAUAUGCAGUUAUCAAAAUUCUGAAGAAAGUUUGCAUAGUCAAACUGAAACGUUGACCCAAUAAACUAUAUAUUGUUAUUCUUUUGUCAAGAAGUCCCUAGUCUGCCAUUUUUUUUCUUGUUUUUGAAAGAAAUAAUUAUAUAUAUUCUAGGUGGUAUUUUUCAUAAUAAUCAUAAUAAUAAUAAGUCAUUAAGAAUCCUGAUGCAUAAAUAACUUAGCACAGCUUUCAAAGUUGUGUACACGUAAUAUGUUACUUUAUUAUAUGUCAGACACACGUACAAAUCUACUGAAUGAAUAAAUGUACCUUGAAUGAAUGUUCACUGGUCUGUUUGUUUUUAGGCUGCGAAGGAAAAGGAUGCUUCAGACAAACUCUUAAAGGAUCUGGAUGAAAAUGGUGAUUGUGAAGUGGAUUUUCAGGAGUUUGCUAUCUUCGUGGUUGCCCUAUGCACCAUUGGACAUGCAAGAUUUGCAAAUGUACCUCCAAAGAAGUGAUUUACAGCCAAUAACUAUGGACAUUAUUCACAAUAAAACUCUAUAAUCUAUAUUAACACUCAUCAUUUUUAUAUUGUUUUAUUAACUUAGCAUUCCUUUAAUUUCACUUAUAACUUACAACUACUUAUAACUUAAAAUUACACCAGUGAAUUAAACAUUGAAAAUUGC